CGCCACCUGCUACUACCAGUGUAUGACGAUCUUCAAAUGCGGAUUGCUCUUCGUCUUCUUCCAGUGCGAUCGCGAUUCUGGUUCCUAAAGCAGCAGAUUCCUGACGUACAGCAAUGCCCCAACCCAAACUGCACAUCGAUUGAAACUACGAAGCACCUCUUCUGGGAAUGCCCCCAUUCAACAAGGACGUGGCAACUCAUGUGGGAAGAUUGGAGUAUCUUCUUCACAAGCAACCUAUCGUGGACGUCACUAAUUCUCCCACACAAGUUACGAGUUAACAAACGCUGGUGUAGUCAUCAAGACGCGAUUCUGCGCCUGUGGAAUGUGCUUCGUUGCGCUACACUUCACCACCAGUGGACAAAACGGAACUACAUCUGCUUCGAAGACGGAGAACCGGACCCCAUGCCCACGGCAACUUCAAGGAUUCAUUCAGCAUUUUGCUGCCACUACCGCAGACUACUCCGGAUUUCCAGCCCCGACAUUCGUAAAGAAUACGAGCGUGUUCUGCGACAAUUACGGUAG